UAAGUACAACACAUUUGGUACAUACCAGUCACGCAAACUAGACGUCCGAACAAACAAUUGAAAAACUUUAAUAGUCAUUUUAAAAUAAGUAAUAUACAAGUUAAAUCAUGAAGGUUUUCUGCGUGUUCCUGUUGGUAAGCUUUUCCUAUGGUCUUCCGACGGAUAGUAAGGGGACCAAGCUGUCAGCUCCUAACUUGACACGCCUUACAGCAAUGGAAUCGGAUGGUGGUUAUUCGGAGCGAAUAAAUUGGGAUGCAGUAGUUAGUGACGAUGCAUCUGAUCCCGUUGUCGGGUAUAAGGUAAACAUAUGGGAAGUGAAAAAGAUAAAAUCCACGAAAUACUCAUAUGUCAAUGGGACAUUACAAAAGAGAGAAGAAGAAAUAGAACCGCCGAUUGACUUCGACAACGGUCCUGAAGGCACACCAACCGUACUCCUGACUCCUGCGAACCAAACAGAGGUCACUUUCAAUAUUAAGCUGCACGUGACCUAUGAGAUCAGGAUACAAGCCUACACGAAGAACAUUGACGGACCUCUGUCUUCUCCUGAUAGAAUACAACUUGAUUGAACUAGACAGGUUUUGUUUAAGCUUUUUUUGAUGAUAUUAAAAUGUGAUUGAUCUAUGUAUUUUGGCUUA